AUGGCCAAACUAAGACCCUUAUCCUGCCUUCCACUCUCAACAUUAAUACGCUCCUAUACCAUCACCUCCAUAUCUUCGAUCCCGUUCCUCUUGAGCCCAUCAUUGAAUCUUCUAACCUUCCUCACGCGGACCAGUAAUCCGCUUCUCAAUCCUGACCGAAACCCGAUUCUUCACUUCUUUUUGAAGAAAACCUUUUAUGCUCAAUUCUGCGCAGGAGAGACUCCAAGGGAGGUGAGGAGGACCAUCGAAGAGCUGAAGGACACAGGGUAUGAAGGUGUGAUAUUAGGCCACGCCAAAGAGGUGGUCCUUUCCAAGGAGGAGGCCGAGGGUCUGGGAGCAUCAGAAGACGAUGACUCGCAGACAGCAAUUAAUGCACAAGAGAUUGGACAAUGGAAACAGAAUAUCAUCGACACUGUUGAACUCUCCCAGAAGGGUGAUUUUGUGGCCUUAAAAUUCACCGGGGCUGGACGACAAGCUCUCAAGCACCUCAAAGCGACAAUUGCCUGCGCACCUGAAUUUGAAAUGGCCGUACAUGAAAUCUGCAAGAGCGCUGAGCAGAAGGGUGUAAAACUCCUCUUCGAUGCCGAGCAGACCGCUCUUCAAGAGGGUAUUGACAAUUGGACCAUGUACUUUGCGAAAAUCUACAACAAGGAAAAGGCUCUGGUACAUGGUACUUACCAGGCUUAUGCCCAAAAGACGCCCAAAGUACUAGCUAGGCACUUGAACCUGGCGCUUGAGAACAACUUUGUUCUUGGAAUCAAGUUGGUUCGAGGUGCUUACUUGGGUAGUGACCCACGAGAGCUCUUUUGGCCAACCAUUGAAGAGACGCACAAGUGCUAUAACAGUCUUGCGCAGAGUGUGAUUCAACAAAGAUAUAGCGAGAUGUUAGAGCCUAUCGAGAGCGAUUCUUCGAAAUUUCCAAGGGUGAGUCUGGUUCUUGCCACACACAACGCGGAAUCUGUCAGACUGGCCGGCCAGCUCCGUGAUUCGCAGGCCGAGCGUGGCGAGGCACGAAUCGAAUUGGCUUAUGGCCAGCUGAUGGGAAUGGCUGAUAAUGUCAGUUGCCAGGUUGUACAAACUGCAAGGGCAAGAAACGAUUCCCAUGAAGCCAAUGUGGAGGUGCCAAAGGCGUACAAAUAUCUGGUCUGGGGACAGAUGGGAGAGUGUAUGAAAUAUCUUCUUCGUCGAGCUCACGAGAAUCGGGAUGCUGUCACCAGGACAGUCGAGGCCCGGCAAGCACUAGGGCGGGAGUUGGGCAGCAGGAUGUUGUUCUGGCGCAACUAA